UCCUCCGUUCCCCGCCAUGGCCUCGAGCGCGUCGCUUCCCCUGCGCCCGCUGUACCCCCUCGAGGACACGGGAAGCAUGGCUCAGCAGCUGCGCGAGCAGUACCAGCGCAUCCUGACGCCGCUGUCCCUCAUCGCCACCGGUUGCCCCAAAGCGAAGCCCUCGUCGGCCCGCCCCGUGCUGGGCCCGCCCGGCCAGGAGGAGGUGCCCGUGCCCAUCUCCCUCUCUGCCCUCCUGCAGCUGGUGAAGGCCCGGCUGGAGCCGGGGCCCCAGGAAGCCCACGCCCGCCCUCAGCACCUGCGGGCCUUCCGAGACAUCAUCCUGACUGCCGUCAAGCAGGCCUUCAACGACCUCCAGCGCCUGCUGCACGACCCGGCCUUCAGCGCCGACACGAACCGGGAGCUCUACCAGCACCUGUUGACCUACAUGGGCCUGGUGUGCCAGCAUCUCUUCCGGCACUACUUGGGCCUCAUGGAGGUCUGCCGGCUGCGGCGCAUCUUCACCGACUGUGGCAACCUCAUUCGCUUCUCUGCCCAGCUCUCCCUGGACUGCUCCAAGUUUCUCAAUGUGGCAGCUGUCCGGCAGCGCCUAGUACAGGAGAUGAAGAAGCUGACAGACCACCAGCUGGAUUCACCUAUGAAAUGUACCAACCCCUUUGGCCCAAUGACAACCCGGGCCCUGGGCUGCCGCCUGGGCAUCACAAUCUGUUACUUCAUCAGGCACAUCCGACCUCAUGUGCCGGUGGGGAAAGAAAAGAUAGCCCAGGAUGUGAAGGAGCUUGAGGAGAUACCAUUGUUGGACAUGAGUAAAAUAAAGCAGUUAAAUCUACCAAGCCCAAGGAAGGCUAACUUUCCGCAGCAAAUGACCUGUGCUGCCAUCACAACCCCUUGUUCCCGCAGCGCCUUAAGUUUCAGGUCUAAGCCUCAGCAGAUUAAACCAAGUACUUCCGUCUUACUCAGGAGCCAGUCGCUGCCCAAUAUGAGAGUAGGGAAGCUUCUAGCCGAUGAACUAGGCAUCCGUUUAAUCCCUCACCGCUGUAUCAGCCCCGAUCCGCUUUGUUGCUACACCAAAUUCUGUGAAGAUGGUGAAGUCACGGGUCCUGCAGUGCUGGCUCAAGACCUUCAGAGGCUGGUUCAGAGCUCCAUCUUGGAGAAAAGUCGGUGGAAAGAAGAGCAAGACGAGGAUUUAGAUCUCCCUCCCCUCAUCAAAGCUUUGACCUGGUGCAAAGCAAACAACACUCGCCAGCUGCAGCUCCAGAGAAUGUUUAAGUCUCUGCUGGAGGAGGAGCAUUCUGAGAAGAAGCAGAGAAACACCAUAAUCGCUGCCCCAGCGUCUCAUCCCCAGGCAACAACAGUAAAUGUCAAGGUCCAUGAUAGGAUGGUGGUAAAAGCAGCUGAUCUGCAGGUGUCUGAAAGACAGUAUGUGGAAACUGUGACUAUGGACCCAGCUUUACCAAUUUACAACCAUCUCCUGGGGGAGAUAAGUCCCACUACCAUGAAGUCAUUGGACGCAAACCUUUCCACUGGAGAAGACGUCAAGGAGAUGUACAAGGAACUGAUGAACACUAUUCCUAAAGACCACUUGAAGUUUGACCAAGGGCCUUUGUUAGAGUUACCUGCAUCUACUCUUGAUCGUCACUCCUGCUUUGCUUCUUCAACACUGACGAAGAAAAAAAGCGAGCAGAUAAUUAAUACCGAGCUGAGUAAAAUUCUCCCAGCUGGGCCGUUCACUCCAGAGGAAGUCGCAGACUUGCCACAAGCCUCAAAUCUAUCAAAGAAGUUAGCUUCGAAAGAAUACGCAUCUUGGCUCAGAUGGUGGAGAGACACAUUUAACAUCGACGAAUACUUGAAAUACAUCAGUAACAAUGAUUGUGACUAUUUACCAGUAAUAUUUCAUUUGUACAACUCUGCAGAGGAAGAGAUGGAGAAAGAGGUGCAGCCUGUGUUAGAUGAGGCUGAAGUGAAGAAACAGAAAGUGAAGAGAAAACAGCUAAAAGCUGCCGAGCUUCAGUCUCAAAAAGAACAAUUUCACACCGGAUUGUGGAAUACCAGUGGCGUCAGGUUGCAGGGCCUGGGAGCUUCUCCUUAUGACCAUAAACUUGGAGAUUUAAAUGUCCUACAGAGAAGACUGGAAAGGCUGUGGACAGUUCUUCAUUUCUCGGAACAGGAAAGGCUGGAUAUGGCCAUUAAGUACAGUUCCAACCAGUAUUACUUACUGCUUCCAGACAUGCUGAAUUCUUGGGAAAUAGCUGCCCAGCUUAUCCAAGACAGGGAGCUCCUGCUGGUUGAAAUUGAAGAGUUUGAACAAACCGCUUCAGAUCCUAACCGCUUAUUCAGCAAGGAGCAAGGCUCAUUUGCCACUAGAAUACAAGAGUCAAAAACCAGAAGACGCUUGAGUUUGGAGUUGGACCGGCACAACAUGGGGCUGCAUAUUAUCCUGAAACAUGUCAAGGAUGCCUUCAAUGAUACAGUGACUUUCAAGGGUCGCCCGUACCUAGAUAAAAUGGAGUGGGACAUAGUGGAGAUGCUUUAUUGGCUGCAGCAAGAGCGUCGGGCCGUAGUUUUGAAGACCGCAGUCCAAAGCAGGAGCCAGAAAAGACUUUCCCCUCUUCCUUAGAUUGGCACCACUGCCCAGUG